GUGCGCAGCGGCGUUUGAGCGCAGGGCACCGGCGACAGCGCAGCCAUGGAGGCGUCACGGGGCAUCGGCACUUUCGUGGUGUGGGACUACCUGGUGUUCGCCGCGAUGCUGCUUGUCUCGGCGGUCAUUGGCAUCUACUACGCCUUCGCGGGGGGAGGCCAGCAGACCUCCCAGGACUUCCUGAUGGGCGGCCGCGGGAUGACAGCCGUGCCGGUGGCGCUGUCCCUCACCGCCAGCUUCAUGUCGGCUGUCACCAUCCUGGGCACCCCCUCCGAGGUCUACCGUUUUGGGGCCAUAUACACCAUUUUUGCCUUCACCUACACCUCUGUGGUGGUCAUCAGCGCAGAGGUCUUCCUCCCGGUGUUCUACAAACUGGGGAUUACCAGCACCUAUGAGUAUUUAGAACUUCGAUUUAACAAAUACGUUCGUCUCUGUGGAACAAUUCUCUUCAUUGUCCAAACAAUUCUGUAUACCGGAAUUGUUAUUUAUGCCCCUGCCCUGGCUCUGAAUCAAGUCACUGGGUUUGAUCUAUGGGGUGCAGUAGUGGCUACAGGCGCGGUCUGCACAUUCUACUGCACAAUGGGUGGCCUUAAAGCAGUCGUCUGGACGGAUGUUUUUCAAGUUGGGAUCAUGGUGGCUGGAUUUGCGUCUGUGCUGAUACGGGCUUCCGUUGUUCAAGGUGGAAUAAGCACUAUUCUAAGUGAUGCCUACAAUGGUGGAAGAUUAAACUUCUGGAAUUUUGAUCCUAACCCUUUGCAAAGACACACAUUCUGGACAAUUAUUAUAGGAGGGACCUUCACAUGGACCGGCAUCUAUGGUGUCAACCAAUCCCAAGUGCAGAGAUAUAUUUCCUGUAAAAGCAGAUUCCAGGCAAAAAUGUCUCUGUACAUCAAUCUGGUGGGGCUCUGGGUAAUCCUGAUCUGCGCAGUGUUUUGUGGGCUUGCCCUAUAUUCCAGGUACCAUGACUGUGAUCCUUGGACAGCCAAGAAAGUGUCUGCACCAGACCAGCUCAUGCCUUAUAUGGUACUGGACAUUCUGCAAGAUUAUCCAGGACUUCCUGGACUCUUUGUGGCCUGUGUUUACAGUGGAACGCUAAGCACUGUGUCCUCCAGUAUUAAUGCCUUGGCAGCAGUCACUGUGGAAGAUCUAAUCAAACCUCGCUUCAGAUCACUCUCAGAAAGGUCCCUGUCUUGGAUUUCCCAAGGAACAAGUGUGCUGUAUGGAGCCCUGUGCAUAGGAAUGGCUGCCCUGGCAUCACUAAUGGGAGCUUUGUUACAGGCAGCACUCAGUAUAUUUGGCAUGGUUGGUGGACCGCUUCUGGGCUUGUUUACUUUGGGCACUUUGGUUCCUUUUGCCAACUCAGUUGGAGCAUUUGUUGGUCUGAUGGCUGGAUUUACUGUUUCUCUAUGGGUUGGGAUCGGAGCUCAGCUGUAUCCUCCACUUUCUGAGAGAACUUUGCCAUUAAGCCUUGAAACCUAUGGCUGUAACAGCACAUCCAAUGUGACGGAUUUGGUGGUAGCCACAGAAAUGCCAUUUUCUACUAGUGCUUUUCAAGUAUACAACGUCGCAAGGACUCCAUUGAUGGAUAACUGGUAUUCCUUAUCAUAUCUAUACUUCAGUACUCUUGGAACUUUUGUAACAGUUCUCGUGGGAAUAAUUAUUAGUUUACUAACAGGAGGAAGAAAACAGAACUUAGACUCCAGAUUCCUACUAACCAAAGAGGAUUUUUUGUCCAAUUUCAAUAUUUUUAAGAAAAAGAAGCAUGUUUUAAACUAUAAAUCUCAUCCAAUGGAAGAUGGUGGAACUGAUAAUCCUGCCUUCAACCAUAUUGAAUUAAAUGUCACAGAUCCAAGUGGCAAGAUAAAUGGGACUCGUUUGUGA